UAACUUUAUCUCUAGGAAAAGAAGAUACUUAAACCUUACCCAACAAUUAAAGCCAACAACACACACCUCUCUCUCAUAACACACCUUCUAAAAUACCCUUGCACACAUCUACUUUAGAAAAAAAUACGAAAAACUUUGAAUACUCCUCUUAAUGUUGUCACUCUGUGGCAACCUAUCAUCACUCCCUACCUGCACCACCUACUCGCCGCCGCACAGAGACGAAAGUCGAUCUUAGUUAUCUUAGUUAAAGUUAAUAUCUACCCAUCAAACAAGGACGAAAGUCGAUCUUAGUAAUUUGAUGGUGCUGAGUGAAAUUAGUUGAAUCUUGCCAUCUAGCAGGAACAAAAUUCAACCUCAGUGAUCUGACGCGCUUGCUGCCUCCCUCAGCGGCCUCCAUACGCUCUCUGGCAGCGUGAAAGCGCGGUGCUGAUCGGAAGUUUUAACAACUACAAGGAGGGAAAAAUUUAGUCGGCCUUAGUGAUUUGACAGUAGUUCAGUGGGAAUUCAAGUUACUCUCUACUCAUACCAAUGCCAAAGCCAGUUUUAGGACCAGAACGGCGCACCAAUCCAUUAAUUUGGUGUGCAGCGAUAAUCUGCACACUCUUGACCAUAGCCGUGAUAAUCACGGGUAUGAUCGUAUUCAUUGGGUAUAUGGUCAUACGACCACAAGUCCCACAAAUGAGUGUAGUAAGUGCACAUUUAGACAAAUUCUCGUAUGACAUGGCAAGUGUCCUCGUAGUCAAAGUCAGCGUUGUAAUCAAAGCGGAGAAUGACAAUUCAAAAGCACACGCAAGUUUCUACGAAACAAGUUACACACUUAGCUUCCAUGGUGUUAAAAUCGCAUAUUUAAAUGCUGAUCCUUUUGAUGUACCUUCAAAUAAGUCGAUUGAUUUGUACUAUCCUGUCGAAUCAUCUCCAAUUCCGUUGAAACCCGAAGAAGGAGAAGUUGCUGAACUAUUUUUAAGAAGGGGUCAAGUUGUUUUUGAUAUAAGAGGGAAUACAAGAACUAGGUGGAGAGUAGGGAUUCUUGGUUCUGUUAAGUUUUGGUUACACUUAAAUUGUCAACUUAAGUUUCCUUUGAAUGGCACUACGAUUUAUCCAAGAUGCAGCACAAAGUCCAAAUGAUCAUUUGGUUGGAGUUCAAUUUAGAUACCGCCAUCUCCAGCGAAAACUCCAUCAAAUCAGUGAGGGGGCAUUCUGUCGAUGCAUUGAAACUUUACUCCACCAAAUCAGCGACGAGGCAUUUUGAGUGAAACUUUGGUGGACUUUAUUACUUAAGCUAUUCUACUGGCCAUGGCUGCUGCUACUAGAAGAAUCGUGGGAGGGGAAGGAUUAUGAAAGAAAGUGGGUUG